AUGGAUUUUGAAGAUUUUUGUUGCAAUAUAUGCGAAGAAAGCUACAACUCAACCGAUAGAGAGCCUUUAAUCCUUCAAUGUGGUCACACAUUUUGUUCAGCCUGCCUACGUCUUAUGUUUUCAAGAGGUCAAUUAAUUUGUCCUGAAGACCGAGGUGCUCUGACAGUCAGACACCUUGACGAGCUUCCCAAAAAUUACGCUCUCCUCCGCCUUCUUUCCAAAUCCCCGCCGAAAACCGAAAAAAAUUUAUGCCAAAGCCACAAAAGACAGUUAGAAUACAUUUGUCUUGAUGACCGACAAAAAGUCUGUGCAAACUGUGUCCUUUUUGGAGAUCACAAAGGGCACGAAAUAAAACAAUUUGAGGAGCUCCUACACGAAUUUUCUAUGAAAACUGAAACUUUAUCCGAUAUGCUGCAAACUAUAGAAAAAAGCCUAAUAUUAAAAAUUGAAAAAGAUAUAAAACAAAGACUUGAUACCAUUUAUGAGAAUUUUCAGAAAAAAAAAGCGAAAAUUGAUACAGAAAUAAAGAAAGGGUUUCAAAAUUUGAAGAAUAAGUUAAGUGAAAUUGAAAGGUCGACUGUUAAGACUUUUCAGACGAAUUGUGAUUAUAUAGAAAAACAAAUUUACUCAGUAAGGGAAAUCCCAAGGAAGAUUUAUUCACAGGCGUUGACGUGGAAGGAUAGGACUAAAAAAGAGCUGGAUCGGAGGAAUGAGUUUUUUUCAUAUGAAAAUUAUGCAAAUUUGGAUAUUAUGUGCAAUGAUGAUAGCAGAUUAUUGGAAAUUGGAGAAAAAGUUUUAGUUGAGCUUGAAAAUCUAAAGGAUUUGAAAGUAGAUUAUUUAAGCAAUGCAAUUAAUGAUAUAAGUGUGGAAUUUUCAGAAGAAUUAUUAUAUUUAUUUAAAGUGUUUAUGAGAAUGCACAAUUUUUAUUGGAUAAAUUUUGAUAAUUUAUUAACAAAAAUAACUCAUUAAAUUGCUGAAUAUAUAAUGCUUGCAGUAUCAAGCCAUAUAAUAGAAUUGAUGAUCUCAAAGAAAUAAUAUCAAAAAUAAACCCGUUCAAAUGUGAACCUGACUCCCCCCCCCCUUUAAAUUGCAACUAAAAAUUUUGUUCCAAUUUAAAGGGGGGUUAAUUUUUUUUUUAAAAAAAAUAUCAAUAUAAAAUUUUUUAUAAAAAAUAUAAAAAUUUAAAAAAAAAAAUUUCAAAAACUUAUCGAAUUAGAUUAAUAAAUUUGUUUAAUAAAACGCUAUUUACUCUUUAUCCUUUAAAACAAAGCAAGAUAUAACUAAAUUUUCAUUAUUAGUUAAUACGCCACUAUUAAUUGGUAUCAAAAUUAUUUACACAAAAAUUAUUUUUUUAUUGAUAAAAAAAAUUAAAAAAAAAAAAUUUUGAAAAAUUUAUCGAUCAAAGUGCUAAUUUUGUUUAAAUAAGAUGUUAUUUAUACUCUAUUCUUUAAAAUAAAGCAAGAAAUAAGUAAAUUUUGAAAUUUUAUAAAGAAUUCCUAUUGAAUUUAUAUCAAAACUAUCCAAAUAAAAAAAUAUCAUUUUUAUCAAAAAAAACAAAAAAAUUUUUUUUGAAAAAUUUUAAAAAAAAAAAAUUAAUUUUUUUUUUAAAAUUUACCAAUUAAGGAUAAUAAAUUUAUUUAAAUAAGAUGCUCAUUAUACUUUUUUCUUUUAAACAAGAGCAAGAUAUAAAUAAAUUUUUUAAUUUUAGUUAAGAAGAAAUAUUUAACUUAUAUCAAAACUUUUUAGGUAAAAAUUAUAUAUAAUUUUUUUUAUUAUAAAAUUAAAUUUUGUUCCAAUUUAAAGGGGGGUUAAUUUACCAAAAAAGUGGAAAUUUUACCGAUAUUUUGUUCCAAUUUAAAGGGGGGGGGAGUGAGAACGAAAUUAUAAGCCCGAAAGCGCAGUUUAAUGAAGAAGUGUUCAAUCAAGCUUUGGAUGUCUUGAAAUUUCAUACGUGCAAUGUGGCUGAUUUUUCAGGAGCAGGCGAUAUAGGAGACCGAGCUAUAGAUAUAGCUCCUUAUUUACUCCUAAAUGCAAAUUAAAUGCAGUUUUAAAUAAAGCAAAAUCAUUAAAAUAAUUUUUUCUAAUAAAAUUUCUGUACAUAAAAAUAAGCGCAAUCAUUAUAACUAUCUUUUACUAUUUUUAGAUAAGAAUUAGUGAAUAACUCCUAUUUAAAAUCACUGAAACUUAUCAAAAACAAUAUUUCUGAUGCUGCUUCAUGCGAAAUUUUCAAAGCGCUUCAAGAAAAUACAGCUUUGCAAUCUUUGCAUUUGUCAAGAAAUCCCUUAGGUGUGCGAGCUUUAAAUGGACUCAUUGAAUUACUUAAUGUAAACUCGACAUUGCGAGAUAUUUAUUUAAUAGGAAAUCCUCGCAUGUCUUUUGAUUAUAAGACAAGAUUCUCGCAGCUCUCUAAUAAAUUUAGAAAAAUUCACACCUAA